AUGGAGAAUUUCGAAGCCUGGUAUACCAAUCUUAAUAGUCAGGUUCUGGACCUGAUUAGCGACUAUGCUGGGCAAGAGCUUUUCUGUCUCGAAGGAGAUUCAGUCGUUCUGGAGUGUCUCGAUGAUCCCGCGCUAGACUUUCAGAAUGGCUAUCAAAUCCUACACGCCGUGUACAAAGUGGAGAGGUUUCUUUCUAGACUACUGUCUACGAAAUGUAACUUCCACAUUGUCUUCUUCGAUGAAAAUCGAGACAUCGCCUCAUCCACAGCUCACAAGGACCUGUAUCGGUCAAAAUACAGUCUGGCCAGAGAGAUAAUCGUUCAGCACCUCAAACAUGUCCAGGAGAAACACCCAGAGAUCAAAGUAAAUCGGUUUUCUUCCGCUUAUUCUACUGAGUUUCGGAAUUAUGUUCAGAUGUACAAUGUUUAUUUCGUCAUGUGCCAUAAUGGAGCGCUUCGAGAACGCAAGGAAGCUACUUUUGUUGAGGCAUCUCUGCGUGUGAUUUGCAACAUGAUGGCCCUUGGGCUAGAUGUUGCGAUCAUGAAUGAGAUUGAAUGGAGUGAUAGCAAGGUGAUGACACGAGUGCUUCAAGCAAGCUCUUUUCGACGCUCUAUCGUGGCAACCGAAGCUGAAGAGUGUGAAGUGGAAUCGAUUGCUCCUUCCACAAUAUCCAAAUGUCUCCAAGACCUACAGUCACUUGCAAAGCUUAAAGACGAAAAUCCUAGCUUGGCAAUAACUGGAAGAGAUGCACUUACUCUGGCUAUCGCGUCAAGCUUGGUCCUAGAGACGGAAGAUGAAGACAUGGAUGAUUCUGAAGCAAGUCGUAUGGUGAUCGCACUUUUUCUUCAACUUGCCUGCCUGAAGAGCUUGUCGCUGGGUGAGCGGAGAAUCAAAGUACGCGAUAUACCUAACCCAGAAGUCUACGACCGAUUCUUGGAUAGAUUCUGCCAGGUCGCAGCUGCCAUACUUCAAGCUCCUGAGUGGCAGAGUCUCGAUUACUGCGAAAACAACUACUUGUAUGACCUUGUCGACGGCAGGGUCCUCCGGUCUUGUGUCGCUUCCGUAUCAGAAAAUGGAAUGGCCAAAAUUAGCAGCAAGAUUGGCGAUAACUGGGGCAAACUCUUGGAGUUAUUCCAAGCAAUCUCGAAAUAUGACCUCCCGAAGGACUUGUUUGAGAAGCACAAUGGUAGUUCUGAAUUGGACCUUCGAAUGAGUACACUUUGUGUCAAAAAUGAUGCCCCCAGAAUGACUCUACUACCGUUCAAGCACAAUGUCUUUGAUAAACACUUAGAAAGUGUUCAUGUGGAUGUGGAAAGCUCAGAUGACGACGAACCUAUCGUUAAUGUUGUCCAAGACAACAAACACUGGCAUAAUAGCCGCCCAAUCAUACCAAGGCGCUCAGAGGCCGAUAAGAAACCACAUACAAAGUGGAAAAAUCCUUUCAGAUUCAAUCAAAUUCUAUCUCGAGAUAUGGACAAGUACGCCGCAAGUCUUACGAAUUCUAAAGGGCAUAUGUUCGAACGCGAAGUGAUAAUAUCGAAGAAACCUUCUCAAGGGAUAUCCAAAGAGAAAAAGAUCUCAGGCACGGCGAAAGCUAUUGUUGAGAAAAACAAAGCCAGCCAAGCUAAGAAGGAAGCUUCAUUCCUGGAAUCCUGGAAGCAGACACUAAGACAAACACAAAACCUGGACGUUCGUAGUCAGAUCAAGGAGAUCAGAUCUUUCCUGGAGAAGCUAAAGGAUCGAAAGCGGGAGGUCCUGGAGCCAGAAGUGCGUGUCUUCAUUCUGACAUCCCUCGUCACCCAAUAUCAGAAUCCCAGAAUCGUCGCAGGCGAAAAUGACCGGAAUAGCCUGGCACGGGAAAUCUGGGAUGAGAUUAGGAUUCUGCGGCAAAUAGUCAAUGGAAUGACUCAAGAAGUCUUCCAGACUUUCCAGAAGCUCUGCCAGAAAAUGGGCUUAUCUGAUGUUCCCCAAGCCUCACCUACUCAGCGGAGGCCACUGUCAUUUCCGUUUGACAUUAAAAAUGUUAGACCGCAGCAGAUAGGUGCGCCUUUGGACUUUCAGGCAUUCCAGCUAAUGCAUUGUGGACCUUUCAUGGACCGCCAGACCGGCGCAAAGGAGGAUAAGCGUGUUGCCUUUAAGCCGGAUAAAUGGCAACGGGACGUCCUCGACGAAUUGGAUAAAAACCAUAGCAUUUUCGUCGUUGCCCCAACAAGUGCGGGAAAGACCUUCAUCAGUUUCUACGCGAUGUCGAAAGUUCUCAAAGAAGAUGACUCUGGCGUCUUGGUAUAUGUGGCACCGACCAAAGCCUUGGUGAAUCAAAUUGCGGCCGAGAUCAAUGCACGCUUUGAAAAGUCGUAUCCUAAAAGUGCUGAACAGACAGUCUGGGCUAUUCAUACUCGGGAUACACGUAUGCACAAUCCGAUGAAGUGUCAGAUAUUGGUGACAGUUCCUCAUAUUCUUCAGAUAAUGCUGUUAUCGCCGGUCAACGCUAGAAUAUGGGCGCCACGAGUGAAGUGCAUCAUAUUUGAUGAAAUUCAUUCAAUUGGACAGGCCGACGAUGGCCUCGUCUGGGAACAGCUGCUCUUACUAGCCCCGUGUCGCAUAAUUGCUCUCUCUGCAACCGUGGGAAAUCCGAAAGAGUUUGAAGAAUGGCUCUCGUCAACACAGCGAUGCCUGGGUAAUCCUUUGAAACUCAUACAGUAUGGACAGAGAUACUCCGAUCUUCGAAAGUUUCUCUAUUACCCACCCAAGGAGUUCAAAUUCCAAGGCCUCUCGCGGCCUCAAGCCAAGGGAAUAUUAGAGUCUGAAUCCAUUGAAGGGUUGCGAGCCGUGCAUCCGAUCGCUAGCCUUCUUAACAAACGGCGUCAGAUGCCUGAAGAUCUUUCUCUUGAACCACGAGAUUGCUACCUCCUUUGGAAAUGUAUGCUGAAGUACGCUUCCAGCAAGUUCCCUGUCCCGGAAAAGCUCAGCCCAAAGAAUGCCAUGGCAUCAUUCAUUCGGCGGAGCGAUGUAUCCGAGUGGGAAGCCGAUGUGAAGGAAGUCUUAUCUAAAUGGAUGACGGACCCCCAAUCUCCCUUUGAAAGCGUCCGAAAAGAGCUUGGAUCAAUAUUCUCACCUGAGCACAAUAAAGAGGGAAGCAGUGGGGAGAAGGGUGACCAAAGCCUUGCAGCUUCUCCUGCCAGUAUGCGAGCCCUCAAGAAAGAAGAGCUGUCAACUUCUGUGUUUCCGCUUUUGGUCAGCUUGCAUAAGAAAAAUGCUUUACCCGCCCUGCUUUUCAAUUAUGAGCGAACUACCUGCGAGCAAAUCGCGGAAACAACACUCAAGCAACUGCGUGAUGCUGAGAACGAGUACAAAAAGGGUGCUUCUUGGCAAAGAAAAAUGACCGAGUAUAGACAGUACCAAUCUCUAUUGUCGAGACAGGCUCGAACUGCAGAUAAAAAUGGGAAUGGCAAACGCAAACAGAAUGGAGACCAGGGAGAGUCAUACCCAGACCCGGCUGAGAAUGAAAUCCAUCCUUUGGAAGGAUUUGAUCCUGAGAGACCACUGGAAGAGUUCUCCUUUGCCGGUACUGGCAUAUUGACUAGGGAAGACCUCCAAGAAGAAAUCGAGACUUUGAAGUACAGGAACGUCAAGGAUUUCUUGUGUGAAGCUCUUGAGAGGGGAAUAGGAGUGCACCAUGCUGGAAUGAACCGUCAAUAUCGUCAGUGUGUUGAGCGCCUCUUCCGUGCAGGAUUUCUUCGAGUUGUCGUGGCCACUGGCACACUGGCCCUGGGAAUCAACAUGCCUUGUUCGACCGUCAUCUUCUGCGGCGAUAGCGUUUUCCUGACAGCGUUGAACUUUCGCCAGGCGGCAGGAAGAGCUGGACGUCGAGGAUUCGAUGUGCUGGGAAAUGUUAUUUUCCAUGGGAUACCUCACCACAAGGCGUUCCAGUUGAUCAGCUCUCGUCUGCCGGACUUGAAUGGGCAUUUCCCCAUCACAACCAGCUUAGUUCUCCGACUGUUUAUUCUUCUCCACAAUUCACAAGAAUCAGAGUAUGCUGUGCGAGCAAUCAACUCUCUACUUUCCCAGCCAAGACUCUAUUUUGGGAGUGCAGAGUCAAACGAGAAAGAAAAGGUUCUGCACCACUUGCGAUUCUCGAUUGAAUACUUGCGGCGUCAGCGCUUACUUGGACCACAUGGAGAGCCGAUUGAGCUGGCAUGCUGUAUUUCCCAUCUCUACUAUACCGAGAACAGCGCUUUCUCCUUCCAUGCCCUUCUCCACUCGGGAUAUUUUGAGAGGUUGUGCGAAUCCACUCGAUCCAACACGGAGAAUCGAAUGAAGACGUUGAUGGUUGUCCUAUGUCACCUAUUUGGUCGGAAGUCUCUCGGUCAUCGAUACAAGACAGACCAGAAGUCACCAUCUAUUGUUGUUCUGCCAACAAUUCCAGCCGAAGCAGCGGCAGUUAUUCGCGCCCAUAACAGCGAUAUCCUCAAGACAUACACAACAUAUGUGGCCACGUACAUAAACCAGCAUAUGACGGAAUCUGAGCGGGAGCUGCCACUCAGUGGAAUCUCGGUCACAGACCAGGGUAAUCCAGAACUGAGCCGUCUCCUGGGUGCGAUGGAGGCGAAUAAGACGUGUUCCCCGUUUGUUGGACUGUCUGGACACGAUGACGAGUUCGAAUCCAUCAAGGAUCUCUGCCAGACAGUUCGAUCUGGGGUAUUUCUGGAAGAAGGUGUUAUUCCGCACCUUGAUAUCUACCCGGAUGGGGGAAUGGCGCCGUUGAACGCUUAUCUUUACGACUUCUUCUGCCAUGAAAAUCUGGGAGCCCUUGAAGAUGCCAAUCACGUUUCUCGCUCUGAAGCAUGGUUUCUCUUGAACGAUUUUUCUAUGGUUCUUGCUACUAUAAUUGUUGCAUUGGAAGGUUAUAUUAACCCGGACAAAGAACAAGAUCCCCUAGAUAUCAUGGCAGCUGGGGAUGAGAUGUCGGCAGAAUCGGAUAGUGACGAUGAAUCUGAUGAGGCAGUGAAUGAGUCCAACACUGGAGAAACCGAGUAUUUUAACACACCCAAGAAACCUAGCACCCCAGCCGCUAAAGACGAAAUACUGGAUAAUUGGGAUGAUAUGAGCGAUGCCAGUGAGAGCUCAGAGGACGAAUCUUCCGAAACAUCCUCGCAAAACGAUCAGAAACAGGGAUCAACAGUGUCUGUGGAGGUUCUCAAUGCCUUCCGCCAGUUGAAAGAUGAAUUUGAUGAGAAAUUCCGUGCUAUUUUUGCAUAA